AUGGAGUCCACAGUAGCACUUGUAGAUGUGGCAGCGCCGGAGCGAGAGAAAUUGAGCAACUGUGCUUAACAAGUGUCUUCAACUGAUGGAACUGAGACGCGAAGCUCAAGGAGACUGUAACUGUAGCGAUGGAAGCGAGGUCACUGUGUCGGCCGGGGGGUGGCCUCCGCUGUUUCAUGAUCUCGGGAAUUCAAGAUCGGGAGGAGCUGCUGUUUCUUCACCGAAGCAUCAAUGCAUUGGGUGGCAAGGUAGCUGAUCUCAACCAAUAUACAGAGAUGUGUUCACACGUCAUUGCCAAAGAAUUUAACUCCACCGAAAAGGUUCUUGGAGCUCUAGCAGGAGGAAAGUGGUUGGUGAAUCCUGACUAUGUCAAACAGUGUGUCCAGAAAGGCUGCUGGCUAGAGGAGUCGGAUUAUGAGCUCAGAAACCACGGUGAAGUGGCCAAAUAUUGCCGCAAACGGAAGGAGGAAACUGGGAGAGGGAUCUAUUCAGGAUGGACCAUAUACGUGUUUCUGAAGGAUAAGAGCAUGAGUAGAUCAUUUCGAAGGAUUGUGGCUGCUGGGGAUGCUGAAGUGGUUCAAUUGGACCAAAUAUCGAAUGUUGAUUUAGUCAUAAGUGAUCAUAACACCUUACCCGAAGUCAGAUCGGUGGUGGGAAGCGUCACUCCAGUUGUCGGUAUCAACUUCAUCAAGGAUACUCUUGUGUUGAAAGCCGACCCUUCAAAUCUUCAGUGCUAUUUGCUCGAUGAAUCGGAGACUGGGUGGAUUUCCAAGAAACAUAAAACCGGUUGGAAUGCAAAUUUGAAGGUGGUUAAGAGAGAUGAUAGACUGCAAAAACGACCAUUUGAAGAUGUUUCCAGAAAUAAUAAAAAGUUGUGCACUCCAGUAAAGAAAAUAUCCGACUCCUCAUACCAACAGACGAACCUUGAUCAGUUUGUGACCUGUUCUCCUAGAAAAUCUGCAUCUCCAGCCUGCCAGACACCAACUAAGAGCAACAAACGUCGACUUAGGCACCUCAUUUAUUCCCCCGAUAAGCAGCAACCCACCAUUACUAAAUAUUGUAUUAAAGAGGAAAAAUCCCCGCGGCAGAAUGGUAGGGUGCCGCUGAUUGACUUGAACAACAGUGCCUCGGCAAAGACCCAGUGCAACAAUAAACAAAACGAAGUACAGAAGGGAAAUAUAUGCAGUGAAAUGAGUGAUGACUUGGAAAUCAUUGAAGAUAGACCAAAUAAAGUAGUCGAGAGAAACGAUGAUGAUUGUUAUAUUACAGAAGUGGUUGGGGCUGGAACAGUAUUACCCAAAAAAUGGGAUCCAACGAAAGUGUUAACUGAAAAAGAUAACGAGUAUAUGAGAAAUAAAAUAAGAGAACGGUGUAAACAAGCUGAAUUAUCCAGAUUAAAAGCAGGUCAGGAGAAAGUUGAGAAAAGUAUAGAUAAGGAUACUAUUAACUCAGAUCAUCGUAAUAUAAUUCUUGAAUUGAACUCUGGAAAUAAAAUUGACUCUCAAACUGAAGACUUGCACGCUAAAGGUGUAUCAAACAAUUGCAAAUUAUCUAAUGACUUGAAAGAAAAUCCAGCAGUGCCAAAACGAAUGGCACUGAAAGAAGUUCGUGUUAAUCUUGGUAAGAGAGUUGAAUGUCAGGGAUUAAGCAUAAAGGCUAAUCAAACAUCUAUUAGCAUUAAAAAAGAGGAUACUAAGCAAGGUCUGGUGUGGAAAAUUGCACGUGAUCCUUCUCUCUCCCAGUUAAUAUUAAAAAAAGAUGAUUUAAAGAGAGGUAUUUUGAAAUUUGUAAAAAAAUAUAAGUUUCUAAGUAGUUCAUAUGAUGGCGAACAAAGUUUUAUUUUGAGAGAGUGUGAAAGUGAUUCUCAAAAUGUUAAUUCAUUUGAUGGUGAUGAGGAUUUUGACAGUGACUAUGUCUUGUAUCCUCCAUAUCGUGCCCAUUGUUCUCCUGAAAUUAGACAGUUGGAAAGUGACGAUACAAGCAUGUCAUAUUUCAUGUCGAGCAUAGUUUAUGAAGACGAUCAGGACUUUCCUUUGCAAGCCUUGGAUUUUCUGUAUUUGAAUAUAACGCCUUAUUCUUACCCUUCUGAUGCAGUCUUGAGAGAUCUACUAAAGAAGUUGGUAUUAGAGACCCCUUUCAGCCUUGUCUAUUCUCGGGCACUCGGAGUGGCAUAUCAAGUUUUGAAGUUUCACCCACCAGUCAGUUCUUGGAUGCGAAACUAUUACUUCAGGGUCCUGAAUUCUACCAUGGAGAAAUCGGAGGUGACUGGCACUUAUUUGACAUGGAAAUUUAUGCGCUCUGCAAUAGAAAAUCUGCAAGUGUGCACGGAUUCAACGAAUGAUGAUUCAUCUAGUGAUGAAAAAGCCUCAUUUAAAAUGGAACACUCGCUUGGAUUACUCGAGUUUCUUGUGGCAUUAUUUAAGAAAGAUAUCAAACACAGCAAUAGCAGAGAGGCCGUCUCCGAACUUCUGAUGUGGCGAGUGUUUUGGAGUUACUCUAGGACUCCUUCGGCAACCAUGCCAGUCAAGCAGCUCAUUAGGUUUUGGGUUACUAUGGUAUCGUCCUCGGCAGCCAUUAGGCAGUGCCUAACGCAACUUGUGUCGAUGGUCCUGGAAUUAGCUUGGAGAUCUGAAAAGAAGUUACUAAUCCCAGUUAGUCCACUGCCAACUUCUCUUUUUGACAUUGAUACUGAACUGCAACUUCGCAUGAAAGAUUGUGGUCAUGCCAAUUCUAUCAACCUCAUUGUAGAUUUUACAUCUCCCUGGACGAAGAUGAUCCUAUGUUCCCUCAUCUUCCAGAGAGUGGCUCUCAUAAACAAUGAGGAAAUUAUUCUUCGAAAUAUUAUGGACUAUAUUGUAGCAGUGCAUGCAGGUAAAGAGGCCGUCUCCCCCACCAAAACAUCAGAGAGUGAUAAGAAAUCACAUGUUAAUAGAGAAGUUUCACUCGUCACACCAAAGAAGAAAAAUUUACGAACGUCAACCAGCAGAAAACGCAUAAGUCCUCAUUGCAUCAAUAAGACAAACCAUAAGGGAGAAACAACCUUGAUUCGUGCUUGCAUAAAGAACAAUGUGGAACGUGUGCGUGAGCUGCUUACUGUCCCUGAUAUCGACAUCAACAUGGCUGAUAACUUGGGUUGGACAGCAUUACACGAGGCGGCCAUGCGUGGAUUUGAUGAGUGUGUCAAACUGCUGCUCAACCAUAAUUGCUACGAUGCACUUGGAAAAAAAAAUACACUUCUUUCAUAUAUGAGACGAGAUGCAGUCUCGUACUCUGUUAAUGUCAGUGCUAGGGGCGGAGAUGAAGGUAGAACACCAUUACAUGAUGCAGUAGAAUCCAACCAUCUUAGCACUGUUAAGCUGCUACUCGAUCAUGGAGGUGUUAGUUUGCUAAAGGAUAAAACUGUCAAUGGCAUUACUCCGGGAGAUUUAGCAAAGACUGAAGAAAUGCGGCAGCUGUUGAAGUCAUACAAAAGGACAUCUCAGGCUGGUAAGAAGAGUGGCUUCGAAAAGUUCAGUAAAAUGGCAGUUAUUACCUCAGGGCUUAACAACCCAAAUGGCUUUCUUCCCAACCUUGACGACCAGAUGAAAUUUAUCCUUACAUAUGUUAACAGCUAUUUGGAAGUUUCUGGCACUAGAUUUCUGCGAUAUGGCAUAAUAAAGGAAAUUGAGAUGUUUUGUAAGAAUAAGAUGAUAGAUCAGCCACAUUCAAACAUCUUGCAGGUUAAUGAUAAGAGAGUGGUAGAUUCUUCUGGUGCCACUAAAACUAGGGACCUUGAAAUGUGCAGUACCGAUAAGCAAGAGAAUGUUAGUAGAAUAUACGAUGAUAAAUUGUCAAGUGCCAGAGGUAAAAGUUUGUUUUGUCAAGUUACAACGCCUUCCUCCGCGGAAAGAGCCUUGAGUGACUCAAUGUUUGAACACUUUAAGUUGAACUUGGUGACAUACAGAGAUCAGUCAACAAAGCCUGCUAAGGAUGACACGGAUUUCGAUGAAGCGCUCAAGUUCAUCUUUUUGUGAGAAUUGUUGUUGUCGACUUCAGUGUACCUGUUUCUUCUCUAACCUUAGAGAAUACUAAUGAUAAAUGGUUGCCUUACUUUUCAUUAUACAGUAUUAAUAUUUUUUUUAAAAAGUGACUUAAGUUAUGUAUAUACUGUAUCUAGAUAAAAUUGGGACUUGUUUUGCUAGAAAUCUUCAUUUCUAAAAGAAUUUCUUUGAUAUUUCCUUCUAUUGCUUUUUAUUAUUCUUGAAGAUGAAAAUUUUCUAAGAAUAUAUAUAUAUAUAUAAAUAUAUAUACCAUAUAUUUGAAUUGACUGGAAAGGGAAUAAAAGUAUUUGGUCAUCAAAGUAUAUAAGCAUUUUGUUUGCAUUAGAAGCGUAAUAAUUGCAGUUACUUUGUUUACAGCCGUUGACGGAGGUAAUGAAGCAAUAUUUGCCUCGCCUCCAAUAUUUUAUGUUGGUAAAUUAUUUUUUUGCGCAAUUAUAAUUCUAUGAAUGUUGAACUUACAAAGAUGAACUUACC